CCUUCGUAAAUAUUGUAACGAGAGAGAGAGAGAGAGAGAACAAGCAGUGGGAGCAGGAGUCGGGAGAGAGCGAAAUAUUGUGGCUCAAAACCCAUCGCAGGGUUUCAUCUUCUCCUUAAGCAUUGCAUGUUCUUCUCAACUCUCUUUCCAGUUCUCAGGUCGUCUUUGGUUAAAUUCUGUAAUUUGCAUUUCUCAAUUGCUGAAGAUGAUUAAUUCUGUAUUUUUCUCGUGCAUCUGUACCCCUUUUUGGUGGGAUCGGGUGGUUUUUGUGGAAAGAUCUGGUUCUGUGGUUCACUCAUUGGUUUAUUUGUUUUAUCUUUGUUGGUUGGUGUUUGAUUAUGUUAGGAACUAAAAUCUAAAAGUUAAUGGUUUUGAAAGUGUUUGUUGCUGGUCUAAGCUCUGUUGGAUCUGACAAGAAAAGAAUUGUGUUGUAUUUGAUAAAAUAUGGGUGAAGAAGAGACUAUGAGUGAAGUUGCUGAGGCAGCACCAGAUGGGAAUAUCACAGCAGAGCAUAAGGUUGAAGAUGUUCCUCAGACAAAAGAGGAGCAUGUAAAAGAAAUGGAAGAAGAUAGAAAUGAUGAGAAAGCGGGGACACAGAAAAUGGAUGUGGACGAAGUGGGAGAAGAGAACAAAGAAACAGAAGAAGAGGAGAAAAAAGAAGAAAAGCAAAGUAAAGGAGAGGAAGAAGAAACGAAGGAAGACACAAGAAGUGAUGAUAUGGAAGAGGAAAUGAAGGCAAAGGAAAACGAGGAGAACGAGGAAAAGGGUGAGGAGAAGGUGGAUGAAUUGAAGGAGGAAGAAGAGAGGGAUGGAGAGAGUAAACAAGAGAAAGUAUCCAAGGGGCGUGGAAAAGGGAGGACUCCCGGGAUCAAAGCCAAGAGCAUUAAAAAGGAAGUGGAAGAGGAGCAGCAGAAAACCCCCGUGACUUCUCCAACUAACCGCCCUGUACGGGCAAGGAAAUCUGUAGAAAGGCUUGUUGAAUCCUUUGAAAUGGAAUCCGUGAAGGAAUUUCUUAUUGAAAAGGGUCGUGGAGCUGCACUGAGAGAUAUACCUAAUGUGGCCUUCAAGUUAUCAAAAAGGAAAACUGAUGAAACUUUGAAAUUGCUUCAUACAAUUCUCUUUGGAAGGAGGGGGAAGGCAGCUCAGGUCAAAAGCAAUAUUUUCCAGUUUUCUGGCUUUGUGUCGACUGAAGAUGAGGAAAAGCAAAAGAUCAAAAUGAAAGAAAAACUCGACAAAUGUGUUAAAGAGAAGUUGUUGGGAUUCUGUGAUGUCCUUGACAUACCUAUUGCAAAGGCUGAUACAGUGAAGACUAAUACAAGGAAGGAAGAUAUUAUUGCAAAGUUGAUUGAUUUCUUGGCGGCCCCUCAGGCUACAACCACUGAGUUACUUUCUGAAAAGGAGCAGUCAGGUAAAGGAACCAAGCGCAAGAGGGCAGGCAAACAGAGUGCAGGCAGCACACCAUCAAAAGGCUCCGCUAAGAAGAGUAAAAUGACCGAGAAGGUAUCUAAAGAGGGAGAGAAAAAUACGUCGCCUGAAACAGGAGGCGAGUCAGAGGAAGGAGAGGAAGAGGAAAAACUAGAAGAGAAUGGUGUCCAUGAACUAUCCAAAAAUGAGGUACCUGAUCACUCUUACAGUGAAGAGAACAAAGAUGAAUUUGAGGAUGAGCCUGAACAAGAGAUUAAAGGUAAACGUGGUUCAAAAAAAUUAUCUGCAAAGAAAGAACAUGCUGGGACGGCAAAAACCAAGAAAGUUGCUACUCCAAAGAAAUCUAGCCCACCCACUGAAAGAACAUCACUGAAAUCAUCAUCCAAGCGCUCUGAGGUUGAUGAUAAAAGUGAUGCUAGUCCAAAGACAUCUGGGAAGAAGAGAACUGAUAAAAAGACAAAAACCAAGGAAGUUGAAAUUUCAAAGAAAUCUAGUCCACCCCCUAAAAUUGCGAAGUCAUCAUCAAAGCUUUCGGAGGUUGAUGAUAGAAGUGAUGCAAAAAGUCCCAAGACAUUCUCAAGGAAGAAGAAAACUGAGGUAGUAAAGGAGAAGUCCUCAGCUCCAAAGAAAACUUCUUCCAUGGAGAAAACAGGUAAAAAGGCCGCAAAAGGGAAAGACAAACCUAAAGGAGAUAAGCUAAGGCCAAGCGAUGAUGAACUCAGAAAUGCUAUAUGCGACAUUCUUAAAGAAGUUGACUUCAACACGGCAACUUUCACUGAUAUUCUGAAGCUACUUGCUGGGAGAUACAAUAAAGAUCUCACACCCAGAAAGUCUUCAAUAAAGCUCAUGAUCCAGAAUGAACUUACCAAACUAGCAGAUGAGGAGGACGACAGUGAAGAAGAUGAUUAAUGCAAUGCCGAUGAAUAUGAAACUCAACCUCCCAAAUGCAUGAAGGCCCGGCUGCCAAGUUGGAAAAAGCCCAAGAAUAGCUAUUAGCUUUCACAAUCUCUUUAUUCCCAACUUACAUCAUGUUUUACAAUCUUCUUUUCUUUUAUAAAUGCUUACUGACUGUAAUUUAUUUCCAGCGGGUGAAACAUGUUUUCUAGAUAUUAGUAGAGAUAUUAGUAGAGAUUGGGUCUUGGUAUUCUGCAGUAUCACAGUUACUUUGUAAACUAACAUAAGUUUGUAGGAAUUCUCCUAUCUUUUAGCUUAAUGACAAUUGGCAAAAUAUUCUUGUUGAUUAUUGAA